AUGCGUCUCGGAUCAGCUGGCCUCGCGGUCCUGCUCUGGUCCUCCUUCACCACUCUUACAACCGCCUUCCCCUUCGCCGAUAAUGUCAACCCCACGCCCGUCCUCCGACCCCGACAAGCCGGCACCGGCUCGACGCCCACCUCCACGACAUCCGCAGUCGCCUCGGAGACCACAGCACCAGCAGAGACGUCCGCCGCGGCAGAGCCCACCACGACCGUAACAGUCACGACCACCGUCGGCGGCGGCGGCGCCGGCGGAACCGUCACGUCGACGACUGUCUUCUUGCGAACAAUCAUCACCACCGUCGUCGUCACGUCCACGACCUUCCAGACCACCACCAUCACCAGCAACGAUGUCGCGACCGCCACCGUCACCCACUACGUCACCUCCACCGUCCUCGCCAAGCGCAGCCUCAACUUCCUCCCCGCCCCCGAUGCCCCCUUCGACGCACCGGCAGCGCAAAUCACCCCCGCCGUCGAUCCAAGAGAUAUCCGAAGAUACGGCGUCAUCGAGAAGCGCGCCCUCGUCACUGUAGUCGUCACCGUCUCCGGCUCUGCGGCCGCCGACACUACUGUCCUAAGCACCCAAACCAGCACCGUCGUCGUCACCACCACCUCAAACACCGUAUUCACCUCCAUGAUCACCAGCACCCUCUUCAACAACGCCAAGACCACAAUCACUGUCGAGUCCACCCUAACCGUCACCUCCACCUCCAUCAACACCGCCGCGCCCACCACCGUCGAAAGCGGUCCGACGACCGGCAACCUCGGCACCGCCACCGCGACCGCGACCGGCGGCGCGCAGAGCACGGGCAGCUCGAGCAGCGGAGGAGGACUCUCCACGGGAGCACAGGCCGGAAUCGGUGUUGGUGUCGGCGUUGUAGGCCUUGCUGCCCUGAUUGCAAUCGGUUACUGGCUCUACAAGCGCCGCAAGGCCAACCGACCCUCUCGCGCCGACCUCGACGACAUGCGCGCUUACGACCCCAACGGUCCCUCGCCCCUCGGCGGGUCAGCAGGUAUGUCCGAGGCGGGAUAUGGCGGUGCCGCUGCGCUUGGAGCGGGUGCGGGAACGCAGAGACGGCAGCCCGUGCACAAGCACCAGCUCUCGCCGCCCUCGCAGAGCGUGAGCCCCGUAUCGAACAGCACCGUGUCGCCGACAGGUGGUGCGCAGGAGCUCGGCGGGACGAGGAUCUUACCGGCGGAGAUGGGCGGCGACGAGGUCGUCGAGAUGGGCGAGUCACAGCCCAGGCCUCAGCCGCAGCAGCCGCCGCAGCAACAGCAGUCGAGACCCGCACCGGGGAUGACGUACAACUCGGGUCCUGUCCCGGAUGUCUAUGAGAUGCCUACCGAGAGGUAUCGGUAA